UUAAAAUAAUUAAUAUAAAUCAUCAAAUAUAUUUAAUAUUUUAUUUGUAAAUUAAGUUUAUACAAAACAGACAAAGAUUUAUCGUUUUUCAUGUAGGAAUAUUUUUCCUUUAUAAUUUUCCUUUACAUGGAUAAAUUUUUUAUUAAAUUUUUAAAUAAAACAUCCAUAUCAAAUUACUUUUAAUGAUCAAGGAAUUCACAAAUAUUGAAAAUUGAAGUUCGAUCAAUCGGACUAUGAUCAAACACUUGCGUCUGAUUGGCCGAGAGGUCCACUCGGCGAACUCGCGAGUGAUCCUUCACUGCGCGCUGAUGCGCGCUCCGUAUCGUGUGCGGUAAUGAUGCUGCGGGAAACGUACGCGAGAAAAUGGGAGGAACGCGGUUCUGCGAUUCGAUACGCGACAGUAAUCAUAAAUCGCGUUGACACGCGUCGACGUGCGGAGGAGUUGCCGCAGGAGAGUUGAAAGUACUCGAGAAUCGAUCGGCGCUUCGCGCGACGCUAUGUCGGCCGUCGCUGCCGCCGGCGCCGCGUCCGACACUAAAAAACGUUACGUCAGUCCGCGCUAACGGGGCCGCCGUCAUCGCCGUUGCCGCCACCGCUACCGCCGUCGCCGUCGUCGUCGUCGUCGUCGCCGCCGCCGCCGCCGUCGUCGUCGUCGUCGUCGUCGUCGCUGUCGUCGACGCCGCGCGGAGAGUCGUGCGCGUCUCUCGCCGCGACAACAGCCGGGACGAUGGGGUUAGGCUUCCGAUGGCGCCUCGUGUUCCUCCUGCUCCUCGGCCUGCUGCUCUGGCAGACCUCGAAGAUCUGGCUCGCGUUCCUGCAGGACGGCGCCGCCACACCAGAACUUCAAGUGGACCAAGCGGCGACACCGUUGAGCGAAAAAGAUGACCCGGCUUACCAGAAAGUUCACGUGGCCGUAUAUUACGAAGCUCUAUGUUCGGACUCGCGUAAUUUCAUUUUAAAGCAAUUAGGUCCGACGUAUCGAAAACUCCCGGCGAACGUAGAAAUCGAACUAGUACCGUACGGUAAAGCGAAGACGUCGAAGACAAACGAUGGGUACCAGUUCAUGUGCCAGCACGGUCCGAUAGAGUGUGAAGCGAAUAUCAUCCAUGCUUGCUCCAUCGACGUCAUUAAGGACCCAUCGGUACAACUACAAUUUGUGUCUUGUAUGAUUGAGAACAACAUUGUGCCGGUAGGGAUAAUGAAUACGUGCGCCAAGCGAAUACCUGUGGACCUGGAAUCUAUAAAGAAAUGUUCGAACACGGAAAGAGGGAAGGAACUCUUGGCAAAGUACGGAGAGAUGACAAAUUCCCUCGUGCCAAGGGUGUCUUUUAUACCGACAAUUACUCUCGACGGGAGCUCCGAAUACCAGGUGAGGAUAUUGAAAAAUUUGCUGAAGGAGGUGUGCCUACAUUUCAAAGUGACACCGAAAGAAUGCGUAUCGUGAGAGCACGCACUGUCCGCAGCUAGCAAAGCAUAUCUGCAUAAUCAUCGAAUUUUGUUAUUGUAUUACACAGUUUAAAAAAAUCCAUAUAUUAAAAUAUAGUAUUUUUCAAAAAAAAAAAAAACUUUAGUUUUAUCUCUUGGUAACACAACUCUAUGGCAAGUUCGACCGUUAAUUACUGAAGCCUAAUUAAAUGAAAAUAAUAUGCAAUUUAUCUCUGUAGGCGCGCAAUUGUACUAAAGUACUAAACGAUGCAGUUGUUCGAGAUUCGUCGGUAGCCGUAUGUCACAAGAAAUAUUCCGCAGUUGUUUCCUUUUUUUGUUCAGAUAUACUUGGCCAGUUUUUUUUUUUUUUUUUUUUUUCGUCGGGGAGAUAAAAUUGCUUGUUAUUAUAGAUAAACACCAGUUUGCUCCCAUAUAAGUAUAUAGGAACAAUUUAUUAACUUAAUAUCAACACUUUAUACAAACUGUGCCGCUUUAUUUAUGUACGACAAGAAGUGAAGAACGCCUUUGAGAUACGGCAGAGAAUAUACUUACAUACACUAGAAACAAUUUUCGAAUUAGAAGUCUCAGAAAUCAAAAGUGUUAAAAUCGUAUGACUCUACAAUCGUCCAAAUAAAAAUAAAUAAAUAAAAAAAAAAA